GCGGAACCUUCAAGCGGAGCAGGUUGCUCGACGAACGUAUUUUUCAAAUGGACCGCGGGUACAGCGCAAAACCAAGUCCCCGCUAGUUUAUUUUAGUGCUCUUGAACAACCAACUCAGAUACAAAGAAGCUGAGGACAAAGUAGUAACUUAUUUAUAACACACGCAGACACUGACGUGUGAAGACUGUUCUACUUUUUAUGUCCCGGUUCAUUGGUUUAUGAAACGAGUCGUUCACAAGCACACCGCUGGGCUGAAAGCAGAGUUGUCUCGCUGCGGUUGCUCACUGCUCAGAUGUCGUGCACGCUGGUUGGCGCCUCUGGAGCUCGGGUCCCUCUGGAGGAUGGACGAGCUGUGAUUCUGGGCCGGGGUCCGGUCACAGGGGUCACCGACAAGAAAUGCUCCAGGCACCAGGUGAAGGCGGUGGCUUGCUAUGCAGACCAGGAUGUGGUCGUCACUCAGCUGGGUCCCAAUCCCAGUUUCCUGGAUGGUGAGAAGCUGGGCAGGGGCCAGUCUGGGAAACUCAGCCAUGGAGGCACUCUCUACCUGGUUAACCAGGACCAUCCAUUUAAACUGCACUACUCUCUGAGCUCCAAUGGUGCAGCCUCCAGCACUGCACAGAAAGGGCUGAAAGCCAACGAUAAGACAAAAGGAGGAAGGAACGUGAAAGAAAAAGAGGCACACUCGAGUCCAACACCUAAACGCAGUAUAAAGGAUUUCUUUUCUACCUCCCCGAUGAAGUCAUCUAAAAGACGACUGAGCCCGGAGAGGGGUCAUCCUGAGGUGAAGCGCCAAAGGAUGGAAGAAGAGGCCUCAGGUCGAUGGAGGAAGGAAGAAGAGGAAGAUGAGGAGGAGAGACUGGUAGAGGAUAAGCUCAAGCAGCUGCAGGAGUUAGCUGAGAAGUCUAUGGCAGAGAAGAGUAACAGCACCCAGCCUUCAUCGUCAUCAUCAUCAUUAUCAUCAUCAUCAAAGGCCUGUCUAAAGAGCAGUUGGCAGCAGAUAGGCAACCUGAUGUUUUAUACCGCUGCUGGAGUCAGAGGGAGUGACAAGAUUGCUGGGUUUGACAUAGAUGGCUGCAUCAUUACCACCAGGUCUGGGAAAGUCUUUCCCACUGCACCUGAUGACUGGAAGAUUCUGUAUCCAGAGAUUCAGCCCAGGCUGGCCACUUUGCUCAGAAAAGGAUAUAAGGUGGUGUUCUUCACCAACCAGAUGGGCAUCGCUAAAGGCAAACUGAGACCAGAAGUCUUCAAGUCGAAAGUGGAGGACAUCCUCGCCACGCUGCAGUUACCUGUGCAGGUGUUUGUAGCAACCGGUCCUGGUAUCUACAGGAAACCAGUUAUGGGAAUGUGGAAUCACCUGUGUGAGAAGGCAAAUGAUGGUGUCACUGUUGACAAAACAGAGAGUUUUUAUGUAGGAGAUGCUGCAGGUAGGCCGGAGAACUGGGCUCCAGGGAAGAAGAAGAAGGAUUUCUCCUGCAGUGACCGACUGUUUGCUCUGAACAUCGGGUUGCAGUUCCACACCCCAGAAGAAUACUUUUUGGGCUGGAAGAGCGCCCCCUACAGGAUGCCGGAUUUUGACCCUAGGAAGCUUGACUCCACUGCCGGGCUGUACGACCCACCAUCCGCCUCCCUCACGUCCAGCAAGACGGAAGUCAUCGUUGCCGUGGGUUUCCCUGCGUCGGGUAAAUCCACUUUCUUCCACACCCACAUCAUUCCAAAAGGCUAUGUGUAUGUCAACAGGGACACACUCGGUUCAUGGCAGAGCUGUGUGUCGGCAUGUGAGCGUGCUCUGAAGGAGGGACGCAGUGUUGCCGUAGACAACACCAACCCAGACGCUGAGUCUCGCAAACGAUAUGUGGAUGUGGCCAAAGCGACAGGAGUGCCCUGUCGCUGUUUCCACUUCUCAGCCUCUCUGGAGCAAGCCAAACACAACAACAGAUUCCGUGAAAUGGCUCCAUCAGACAGUAAACACGCCAAAGUCAAUGACAUGGUUUUCCACAGCUACAAGAAACACUUUGUGGCUCCUUCUCUCUCUGAGGGAUUCUCCGAGAUCCUCCAGAUCGACUUUGUCCCAAACUUCAAGGACAUCCAAUCAGAAACCUUGUUCAGACAGUUUUCUGAGGGCUGACUGGACAGCUGGCUUUCGAACACCAGCAUGA